UUUUCAGGAUGGCAUUUGCAAAGUUGUCUAUUUUGUUUACGUUUUUAUUAGUACAUUUAGUGUCUACUAAUGCCUUCGAUUUGGGUGAAUGGUCACAUGAUGCGCAUGACACCCAUGAUAUCAAAGCUCAUCAUGAAUCCGCGGCUGAUGCGGCUCCUGGUGCGCCUGCACAGGCGCUCAGCGAAUCUGAGGAAAUGGAGAAGGCGCUGAAGGCACUAGAGGAAGAGACUAAACUGGAAAAUAAGCCUAAUGAGACCCCUGCUCCUGUUCCUGUGACUCCUAGCGCGGAAGAGAAACAAGAUGCUCCUGUGGAGGAAAACAAAAAGGUCGACCAACCGAAAAUUGAAAUACCUGCACUACAUCCUCCUGAUUCGCCUCUUCACACCGAUAAGGAUGAUGCGUUGGACAUAACUACAGCACCAUUUACGUUGGUAGAAGACCCUGCGAGUCACGAGAACGAGCUAACAUCAGAAAUUCCCCAAACUCCUGCGGAUGAUACUAAUGUCAACGCUGGUAAUGAGGAUUCUAUUAUAACUGAUACCACUCCCAUAGCUAAGAGCAUGCGUCUGAACACUGUCACUAAAAUUGACGAGACCAUUGAAAAGCUUAACCAUCGUUUCCAGACGUUUUUGGAGUCUGUAGCCUCAUCUGCCCACGACCUUACGUAUUAUCAGUCUUUGUUAGAUACUGCCUAUGAUGUAUUCUGCAGGGAGAUUAACGGUGACAUGUCGCCGAUGGGAAGUGGUGGGCAGCUGGAUAAGGAUGGUAAUGGAGUGACCCUUAUGAUUAGUGCUGAGAUGUCAAGUGCCAUUCGUCGUAGUUUUGAUACCAAGGUGGAGGUUUUAGAGUUGGCUGCUUCUGAGGUGGCCAGUCAGAAGUCCAAGGAAGUGGGUGCCCAAACUAUUCACGACGCCCUUACCGUAGGCCUCAGAACUGUUAGAGAUACCAUAACCUCUCCGGGCAUGACAAUUCACACGACAAGCAAUGACAUGAAGAACAUGACUGCUAUUGUAGCUGACAUGUCCAAAGGCCUCUUGGCCGACAUAAUUAAGUGGACACUAAAGGAAGAUGUUUUAAAGAAGCGACUGUUCGACAAGAUAGUUGAGCGUGACAAUUUCAUCAAGACGUCGCCUGACGAGCUCCGUAUGGAGGCAUUCACUCACGCAAUCCGUGAAUUGGCUGGAGAAUUUCACAAUGCACAGAAAGAGAAGACUGGUGCUAUCGAAAAGCAGAACGGUUUCAAGGAGUACAUGGACGAAAUGCGUGAGGACAUCAACACCAUUCAGAGGCUUAUUGACACAUACUUUGCCACUGUGCACAAAGGUCAUGCUAAGGCUAUUCUCUACGAGGCAAGCAAGGAGCUCAGAAAAGAUGGUAAUGCUGAGAGCCAAUUGCGUUUACGUGUGGCUGAGCAGAAGGUUCAUCAAGAGGAACUUAAAAAGGCAGAACCAAAGCAGGAGGAUACGGGAUGUCCGUAUCCAACCGAACCUCAGGAUCCAAGAAAGCCCAUUGGCUUUGACAACCCGUGUAUAAUUCACCAUCCACACAUUUACAGGUGGUAAUUUAAGUGUGUAAACCUAAACAUAACGUUAUAAACAUCAGCUUUAA